CUCUUCCGCCGCCAACUGCGACGCUGCAAGGGGUGUAAACCCGGAAGUGAUUUCCUCGCCCCGGUAGCGGCGGGGUGGAAAGGAAAAGCGUUUGAAGACCUGGAAACCCUUAACUUCGGGAGAGGGUGGUAUCGUGCUGAGGUGCGAGAAGAGGGAAAGACAAUAAAGAACUAGUCCACAAGAGUUGCUCCGAGUCCAGAGACCCGGGCUUUUAAGGCGCGUUUUGGGAAGAGGGGCCGAACACGCCUGGAGACUUCUGGUGGCCACCAAGGGUUUUCCUGGCACAGGAAGUUAGGCCCGGCUGCUGGGAAACAGAAGGGAAGGAGAAAUGAGAAAGCGGUGACGGCACCCCGCCCCGCAGGUGACUCUCCCACCCAGUGAGUUGAAUGUAGCGGCCCGGGAGGUGCUCGGCCGCCCUCACGGGUGAGACGAGGAGGAGCGAGGACCAGACUCCAGCGAGAGAAAACGGAGGUGGGAGGCUGAACUAUCUCUACAUCUAGUUUCUCCAGGUCCAAAAGGCAGAUUCUUAUGCAGUUCAGACAUACAAAAGGGAUUUCUAUGUUUGUUUUGUAAAGCAAUGGGAAAUCCAGAAAACAUAGAAGAUGCAUAUGUUGCUGUUAUUCGUCCAAAGAAUACUGCCAGUCUCAAUUCUCGGGAAUACAGAGCUAAGUCAUAUGAAAUUUUGUUGCAUGAAGUUCCCAUUGAAGGACAGAAAAAAAAGAGAAAGAAAGUUUUAUUGGAAACUAAACUUCAGGGCAACAGUGAAAUAACACAAGGCAUACUGGAUUAUGUAGUAGAAACCACCAAACCAAUUUCUCCUGCAAACCAGGGUAUUAGAGGAAAGCGAGUGGUACUAAUGAAGACAUUUCCUCUGGAUGGGGAGAAAAUGGGGAGAGAAGCAGCAUUAUUUAUUGUUCCAUCAGUUGUCAAAGAUAAUACUAAAUAUACGUAUACUCCAGGAUGCCCAAUUUUUUACUGCUUACAAGAUAUUAUGCGAGUCUGUAGUGAAUCCAGUACUCAUUUUGCUACACUUACAGCAAGGAUGUUAAUAGCCUUGGAUAAGUGGUUAGAUGAACGUCAUGCACAAUCUCACUUUAUUCCAGCUUUAUUCCGACCUUCUCCUCUUGAGCGGAUAAAAACUAAUGUCAUAAACCCUGCAUAUGCUACUGAAUUAGGUCAGACAGAAAACUCACUACAUAUGGGCUAUAGUGCACUAGAAAUAAAGAGUAAAAUGUUAGCCCUAGAGAAAGCAGAUACUUGUAUUUACAACCCUUUGUUUGGAUCAGACCUUCAAUAUACAAACCGGGUAGAUAAAGUGGUAAUAAAUCCAUACUUUGGUCUAGGAGCUCCAGACUACUCAAAAAUCCAAAUUCCCAAACAGGAAAAAUGGCAGAGAAGCAUGAGCAGUGUCACAGAAGACAAGGAACGACAGUGGGUAGAUGACUUUCCUCUCCAUCGAAGUGCCUGUGAAGGGGAUUCAGAAUUACUAAACCGUCUUCUCAAUGAAAGAUUUUCUGUCAAUCAAUUAGAUAGUGACCACUGGGCGCCCAUUCAUUAUGCAUGCUGGUAUGGAAAAGUUGAGGCCACUCGCAUUUUGUUAGAAAAAGGAAAGUGCAAUCCAAAUCUUUUAAAUGGACAGCUUAGUUCUCCUCUUCAUUUUGCUGCUGGAGGAGGACAUGCUGAAAUAGUACAGAUUCUUCUAAACCAUCCAGAAGUUGACAGACACAUAACAGACCAACAAGGAAGAUCCCCUUUAAAUAUCUGUGAAGAAAACAAACAAAAUAACUGGGAAGAAGCUGCAAAGCUAUUGAAGGAAGCCAAUAACAAACCAUAUGAAAAAGUUCGAAUAUACAGAAUGGAUGGAUCAUACCGUUCUGUUGAACUGAAGCAUGGAAAUAAUACCACAGUGCAGCAGAUUAUGGAAGGAAUGCGUCUCUCCCAAGAAACACAGCAGUAUUUCACUAUUUGGAUCUGUUCAGAAAACCUCAGCCUUCAACUCAAGCCUUAUCAUAAACCCUUGCAACAUGUUCGUGAUUGGCCAGAAAUACUUUCUGAAUUGACUAAUUUGGAUCCCCAAAGAGAAACACCACAGCUUUUCCUAAGAAGAGAUGUGAGACUUCCUUUGGAAGUUGAAAAAAAGAUUGAAGACCCACUAGCUAUUCUUAUUCUCUUUGAUGAAGCCAGAUAUAAUUUAUUGAAGGGCUUUUAUACAGCUCCUGAUGCUAAACUGAUAACAUUGGCAAGUCUACUGUUGCAAAUAGUUUAUGGAAAUUAUGAGAGUAAGAAACACAAGCAAGGUUUCCUAAAUGAAGAAAAUUUAAAGUCCAUUGUACCUGUUACCAAACUAAAAAGUAAGGCACCUCACUGGACAAACCGAAUACUUCAUGAAUACAAGAAUCUUAGUACAAGUGAGGGUGUCAGUAAAGAAAUGCAUCACCUUCAGCGCAUGUUCUUACAGAAUUGUUGGGAAAUUCCUACAUAUGGAGCAGCUUUUUUCACAGGACAGAUAUUUACAAAGGCAAGCCCCAGCAAUCAUAAAGUCAUCCCUGUGUAUGUAGGAGUGAAUAUAAAAGGACUUCAUCUCCUCAACAUGGAAACUAAGGCUUUACUCAUCAGUCUUAAGUAUGGUUGUUUUAUGUGGCAGUUGGGGGAUGCUGAUACAUGUUUUCAGAUCCAUAGUAUGGAAAAUAAAAUGAGCUUUAUAGUACACACAAAACAGGCUGGCCUUGUGGUAAAACUAUUAAUGAAGCUAAAUGGACAGUUAAUCCCGACUGAAAGAAAUUCAUGAGCGGAAAGCAGCUGAUACUUAAGCCACCACAUUUUGUAAUGCAGAUUUUUUUUCCAUGAAAGAUUUCUUAAACUAUUACUUUUAACAAGGCAUUUAGUCUCUUGUAAUAUAUAUGUAUACUAUUACAUUGUACAGAAUCUGUACUUCUGUUUGGUGUGUAAUAUACCAGUUAGUUUUAUAUAAUAUCAUCAUAAGCUAUUCUAACUUUUGAGAGAAACAUGCAAAAAAGUGUAGAUUGAUCAUCUGUAUAUUAAUGGACAAAACAGUAAGCUUUAUAAAAAGUUAUUUUUGGUAAAUGGUAAAGAAUUUGGAGUGGAAUGUAAUGAAAUUAAAAAAUAGGUUUGGUAUAACUUUGGUGUGUCAUUUCAAAAUAUACUGGAAGUCAACAAAGUUGAAUAAAUAAAAUAUAUUUUCUACUUAAACUUAUGUACAUAACACGGCUAUUUCAAACAUUUUUCUGUAAUCCAAGAAAAUUUAUCAACAUGUUUUUAAAAGUCUUAGUUAAAAUGUGUAACUAGUAUAAGUUUGUAUUUCUCAAAGUAUAGUUCUUGAGCCCCCUGCAUCAUAAUUAACCUGGAUGCCUCUUUAUAUGAAGAUUUCUGGGACUCCGUAUAUACAAGUUCAUUCACUCUCCAGAAGCAGCAGUUCCUAGGAAUCUUAAAUUUGGGUUUUUUUCAAUUGAAAUAAUUCCAGAUCUAGUAAUGAAUUUGUAUUAAAGUAAAUGACACAAAAGUGCCUGGCACACAAGCAUACACAUACAUAGACACACAGAUUAACUGACAAUCUCUGGAUAUAAUCUCCAUUUAUUACAUGUGUUGUAUUUUUAUCAUUUAGCUUAAUGAAUCAUAUUGCCUUUACAUUGUAUGAAGUAGAUCACCAAAUCUCUGUUUCAUUUAGGGGGAGUACUGAUAGCAUAGAUGAGGAGCUGACUCAUAGAAUCUGAGUCAUCUGACUCAUCUUGACUAAUCUACUAUUUAAUAAGCUUAGAAACUAGUCUUUCCAAGCCAACAGUUAAAUGUGUACAGGGAUACAGUUAGUCAUAUUUGAAGUUGUCCUAAAGAUUACAGAUAAUUUUUAUAUAUCAUAAUUGACACUUCACAAUAAUUUCUGUUUAUUUCUAAUGGUGCUCGUUCUGAGCCUUAUUAAAAUUAUAUGGUUAAGUAAAUUGAAUGAGAAAACCUGAUUUUAUCUCUAAAUCUGUGCUAAGCACUUUUGAUUCUGCAUAGACAAUGCCAUGUUUGGUUUCAUUCAUUCCAGUGGUCUCAACUGAAAUACCCUGUUGACUCCCAAACCUAAAAUUUCAGCCUCAGAUUCUCUUAUGAAUUCUAGAUCUUAAUUCCAAUUUCCUGCUAUUCUAGCUCUACCUAAAUGGUAUACAAAAGGAACUUCUGUUUCUUCAUACCUGGAAACAGAAUCUGUUCCCUUUGCUUGCUCAAUUCUGCCCUUCCACUUGUAUUUUCUGUUUGCUUAGUGGCAUCAUCAAAUUGCAUCCAGUUGCUUAGCCUAGAAAUCUUGGAAGGGUUUUGAGCCUCUCUCUCCUUUCUUAUUCUAGACAUUUCAUUUAUUGAGUCUUGUCAAAUGUCUUGUGAGUGCUUUCCCAUUCCCUUUCUCCCUCGUUGCACUGCAUCCACCCUCGUUCAAGUCCUUAUCACUUGUUCCUAAGUUUAUUUAACUUCCUCCCUGGCUUCCCCUGGCUGAGGCUCUACACCCUGCCCGCAUAUCUGCCACACUGGUGCCAAGUUCACCUUUCUUACAGAUCUGAUUAUUUCAUUGCCCUCUAAAAGCCUUUCAUGGUUCCUUACUAUAUGUAGAAUUAAAUUCCAACUCCUUAGUAUUGCAUAUGGGGACCCCAAUUUCAUGGUCUCUAACCUUCCUAUCCAGAUUAAUGUGUAAUCACUUUUCCCACACUCAUCCUGUGCUCCAGCCAAGUGUUUCCUAACCCUGGUUCUGCAGUCAUGUAGGGAGUUUAACUGUGUAAUGACUCAAUAAAUGUAGGGUGGGCUCAAGGA